AUGCAACCAUCGCCUACUCUCAUCGCCCUAUCAUUCAAUACACCCAUGCCAGAUCAACUUGCGGCCAAUCAGGACGUCCUCGAUGGCGACUCUCAUUGCGCCUUCAUAAACCCACCCGGCAGCAUCCUCAGCACCAAUGACAUGUUAGAAAACUCAAGGUUGCGUUCAAACACAGUAGAUCACGAGACGUUAAGCCCCAACCAUCACACUCAACCCUCCGUUGGCCCAUGGACGUCAGGCGAUUCAUUGAGCAGCACCGAUCACAACCACCCGAACUUCACACAGGGUCACUACUCAACACAAUCCGUUUCCACAUCCGUUUCCCAGGCAUUGGCCAUACCACCACCACAAUUUGUCUACUCCUACUCUACCACCACCAAUAUGCUUCCACCUGUUCUGAAUCAUGGCUCCUGGAAUAAUACACUAACCCUUCACGACACCCAGUACCACAAUCCGGUAUUAGGAGGUGCCAGUAUCGGGUACUCUUCUUCUCCUGCAAUGAGAAGCGGCUACCCAUCUCCAUCAAUAUCCCAAAUGGCGUAUCAAAAUGGUCACUCUUUGCGAUCCACCACUCCGUUGCAGUACACCGUGGCUAAUCAUACACCUUCGCCUUCCAUCUUUGACAAUAAUAUGUCCACCUCCGGUUUCUCGCCGUACAACACCUUCCCACCUCCAUGGCAGACUCGUGCCGUCCCUCAGCCAGGACAUCUAAGCUUGCCGUUCACACCUAUGAUACCUCCACCAUUAGCAGCGGAAUCUUCACGAUUUGCAUUUGUAAUGCAACCCCAGGCAAGUCAUGGUGAACAAAUAGGCUACCUCUCAAACCAGCUACCGGACAAUCAGCCCGAUUCAUUCCUGCUUCAUAGCCUUCCCUCGUCUCCCCUCCUGUCCUGCCGAUGGCUAAACGACGACGCCAUCAUACACUGCGGAUUUACGGGGACACUGAAGGCGUUAAAGUUGCACUGUGCAGUCAUCCAUUUUACUGGACCAAAGAUAGCGCGGAUUAAAUGCCACUGGGAGGGUUGCGACUACUACAAGUGCAAGAACCCCACAGUUCGUGCCAUGCGGCGCGACUCACUGUGGCGUCAUAUUUGUGAGAUACAUUUCGGGUUGAAGAGGGGUAGUAUCUAG